UCACUUUUCUUUCCAUAUCAUUCUCAGAAUAUGUUUGCUCAAUUAUAUAUUAUAUAUAUUUUCUUUUUGGUUUCAGCUGUAGUAGGAAUACCUGUAGUAAAUUUACAAAAUCAGACUUUUAGCACUGAUGGUUUUGUAUCCGCUAGGCCUAAAUGCACUGAUCCUAAAAAUGCUAAAUAUAAAAGCUCCGCUUGUGCUACAAGAAAAUCAGUGAGGGUUUCAUGUGAAUCUUUUGAUCAUCCAGGCACAGCUGUAGAUACUAAUUUUAGCUGUGGAGAUGGCGAAUCUUGUGUUGAUAUUGACUCAAAUGAUGCAUUAUGUGUUGACGAUAAAAGUGCUCAAUUAUGGGACAAUGAUCAUAAAAGUAAAUUCGCAUGUUCAGCACCUGUUUUAUUAGUGCCACCACAUAAGUCUUUUCAACUUGUAGCUGGAAUGACAACAUAUUCAACAAAUGGGAAUCCAAUACAAGUAUUUAAGCUAAUAGCAAAAUAUGAUGAUCACUUCUCAGAUGAUAAAUUAUUUUUCAAAAAUCAUUUCACCUUCCCUAUUAAGCAAGAAAAUUUUUCUAAAAAGUUGAGUUUCUGCUUCCAUCCAGGCUCUUUUGAGGAAGUACAAGCUGUAGCUUCUCUAGCAUAUGUUUUAAUGUGA